AUGGCUUACUGUACUCGUACUGGUGCCAUUUUUGCCAAGAAUCCGCUACUCGAGUAUUGUCGCUCUCACGCGUUUAGAAAAAACAUCAGUCGAAACGCUCUUCCCAUUGUCAUUUUGAUUUCCAACCCCCUUCACUCCUUCCCCAUCCCCGAGCAAAGAUUCCCCAUAAAGCACACUCCUUCAUUCAAGCUUAACCACCGCUCGAAUCUCAUUGAGGUCCGACUGUCCACUCCACCCCAAACACUGUUUAUCCCCUCCCUCUCUUCCGGGGAUUGUCCACCUCCUUCGACAGCCACCUCGUCAACUAACACCCGAUCGCAAGCGCGCUCAUUUCAUCGACGCUUAACGGCUCUCCCUCUGCGUGUCUGCGGAUCUGAAGUGUUG